CAGCCAACUCAACUUGAGUGGCACAGUUUAUUACUCCUUAUCUAUAUAAUGUAACACAGCUUCUCCAAACAAUUAAAAACUUCUUUCUCCUUUUCCUUCACUUCCAUUGUCUUGCCAUGACUAUACUUCAACCUAAUUCACCUAAUGUUUUAGCAAUCUUCUUCUACCUUUUUCUACUCCUCCCUGUUUUAGUCUCUUGUGACUGUAAAUGUGAUGCUGUAGAAGACAAGAGACACAAUAGAACUGAGGCAAUUAAAUAUAAGAUAGGUGCCAUUGCUUCACUUCUGGUUGCCAGUGGACUUGGGGUUUGUAUUCCCAUCCUGGGGAAGAAAUUUCAGGUUUUACGGCCAGAGAAUGAUGUUUUCUUCAUGAUCAAGGCCUUUGCAGCAGGUGUAAUCCUAUCAACAGGUUUCACACAUAUAUUACCUGAUGCAUUUGAUAAAUUAAGGUCUCCAUGCCUUGAUCAGAAUUUGUGGAAAUUCCCAUUCACAGGCUUCAUUGCUAUGAUGUCGGCAAUUGGGACUUUGAUGGUGGACACUUUUGCAACUAGUUUCUAUAAGAGGUUGCACUUUAACAAGGCUCAACCAGUGACAGAAGAUGAAGAGAAUGCUGGAGAACAUUCAGAUCACCUUCAUGUUCAUCCACAUGGUUCAAACUUGAUUGGUGAGGAUUCAGUUAGAUCUGAACUUACUCGCCAUCGCAUAGUAUCACAGGUUUUGGAACUAGGAAUUGUGGUUCACUCUGUAAUUAUAGGUAUUUCACUUGGUGCUUCCAGAAGUGCACAGACAAUAAAACCUCUGUUUGCAGCCCUGUCAUUCCACCAGUUCUUUGAAGGCAUGGGACUUGGUGGGUGCAUCUCUCAGGCGAGAUUCAAAAGUCGAUCUGCUGCAGCCAUGGCAAUCUUUUUCUCCCUUACUACCCCAGUUGGGAUCACUGUAGGGAUUGGAAUUACAAAUGCUUACAAUGAGAAUAGCCUAACAGCUCUCGUGGUCGAAGGAGUUCUUGAUUCUGCUGCUGCUGGGAUUUUGAUUUAUAUGGCGCUCGUAGACUUACUAGCAGCUGAUUUUAUGAACUCCAGGAUGCAAAACAAUUGGAGGCUUCAGUUAGGAGCAAAUAUCUCACUUCUUCUGGGGACAGGCUGUAUGUCUGUCUUGGCUCACUGGGCUUAAAGUGCCAUUAUAGGUUUCAUGGGAAUUUUCCUACUAAAAUUUUAAGUACUCCAAUGCUUCCUUCAGAUUUCAUAAGAAAAACAAGCUACUAUUUAAGUCCACUUAGCUAAGAAAAAUAUUCAAGCUCCUCCAAUAAGAAGUGAGACACUUCCCCUUACUAUGUCUUCAAGUGUUUUGCAUCCUGGAGUUCAUAAAAUCAUCUUCUUGGAGAUGAACAAGCAUUGAAUGUGAUUGAGAACUCUGGAUCUCUCUGUUUGUGCUACAGCUCUCAAUAAAGCAGGCCAUGUUGGCCUUUUGGGUGGAUUGGUGGUUGAAGCCUUGUGGAGCUACAGGUUGUUUAGUUAUCAUCUUAGAGGGAAACAGGAAACUUCUUGUAGCAGAAAAUAUUACAGAAAGCUUAGAGUAUAGUGAUCAUUUCAAGAAAAAAAUUGAUAUAAAAAAAUAUUAUUUGUCUUCUUUUUUCCUUUGCACUAUUGAUUCACUGAUAAUCAUUUUUUCCCCCCUCCCCUUUCUGACAAUAUGGGAAUACUAUACUGGAAUUUUAUUU